CCAGCUCUCUGUGCCGCCUGGCACCGGGGAUUACCAGCCCGAGGAGCCUGCAAAGCCGCAGCACUGAAGUUGCAAGGGGCAGGCGGCUUCAGGGCUGCAGCCGCCAGGGGAGAGACGGCCCUCCUUCCCAGCCCCAGCUCGGGAGCUGCUACAGUGGGGACACAUCCAUCGCAUUACAAAGGUGUUGCUGGUCUUCUGAAGUGGUCAACCAGAUUCCCUUAAAGUGGUCUUCUGAGUUAUAACACAGGUGUGUGAUGUAAAAGCAGUGGGCAGUCCUUGGGCCCUCCCCCACAGUAUUGUAACGUCAUGUGCCAGUAUGAAUAUUAACGCAGAAACACAUACUUCAGUACUCAGCAACCAAAGGAGAAGCUAAACACUGAGAACAAAUGACUGGACUGCUUGCAAAACUUUGGGCAGCUAACUUCUUCUUCUCCUUCCCUGCUAUUGUGAAACAGCUGGAAGAGCAGAACUGAAGCAGCAUUUUUUGUGGAUAUUUUUUCUUUUUUUAAUUUAAUUUUUCCCCUUUGUUUUGGGUUUCAGACUCUCAAACUGCACUGACCGUAAGCACUGGACAGCAAUAUGUGUCAUGUCAUUGUAACUUGUCGCUCAAUGCUGUGGACACUCCUGAGUAUUGUCGUGGCGUUUGCAGAGCUCAUAGCUUUCAUGAGUGCAGAUUGGCUAAUUGGCAAAGCCAAGCCUGUGAGCUCUGAAGAUAUGGACAACAGGACAGGAGGCUCACAGGAGCCUUACCAUCCAACUUUGGGCAUCUAUGGGCGUUGCACCAGAAUCUCCCACAUGCAGGUUUCCAGACGAGACACGCUUUGUGGGCCCUAUGCAGAGAACUUUAAUGAGAUUGCCAGUGGGUUCUGGCAGGCUACUGCUAUUUUCCUAGCUGUGGGGAUCAUGAUUCUCUGUGCUGUGGCAUUUGUGUCUGUCUUUACUAUGUGUGUGCAGAGUGUAAUGAAGAAAAGUAUUUUUAAUGUCUGUGGGCUGCUACAAGGAAUUGCAGGCCUUUUCCUUAUCUUAGGCUUGAUGCUGUACCCUGCAGGCUGGGGCUGCCAGAAGGCAAUAAGCUAUUGUGGACAUUAUGCUUCUGCUUAUAAACUAGGAGACUGCUCAUUGGGCUGGGCCUUCUACACAGCUAUCGGUGGCACUGGUCUGACAUUCAUCUGUGCCGUCUUCUCAGCGCAAGCAGAAAUUGCCACAUCUAGUGACAAAGUGCAAGAAGAAAUUGAAGAGGGGAAAAACCUUAUCUGCCUCCUUUAAAUAGAAUGGAAAAAAGAUCAAUCGGUAUCUAUUUUGCUUUUAAAUGAUUUGAUAAAAGGAUCCAUAUCCUGUGAUUUAGCCUUAUGCAGUCUAGCCUUGAACUACUGAAGCAACAUUCUAUCACUUGCUGGGCGAUGAGGACCAGAGAAAGGAGGAUCUCAAGCAAAAAGAGUGUACAUAUGUGGGAAUUUUUGGUGCGACUACAUUGUCAGGACUCAGCAGAAUAUACAACUUGAGAGCGAGGUGGGGGAGUGUAUGUAGUGAACAAACGUAAGAUGCCUGACAAUUUCUGAUUUGAUCAGAUUGCAUUCUCCACUUUGGUCACUUUGAAGGAUCUGCAUUAAAAUAAUAAAAGCCAGCACAUUUCUACUAUGUACAGGACUAGCCUAUUUAAUUAGGUUUUGUUUUCAAGGGCUUCAAUCACUUGUGAACAUGUUACUGCCAUCUGGUUUGGUACUAUAGUCAAUAUUGUGGUGCUUGUUGAUGAGUUUUAAAAUUACUUAAAGCACAACUUGGUUGUUUUUUUGUUUUUGAUAAUUAAAUGCAUGACAAAGAACAGGGUUGACAUUAAGACCUUUCUAAAAGUGGUAUAAACUGUAAAGAAAUUGAGGCGGGGGCUCAUAUUAUUUAGUUUGUUCUGGCAUGAAAUAUCAGUAACAAGUGGUAGCUACAUUAUAUUUUAGCAGCUGGAUUUGAAGUUAAAUUAUUUUUGUUUCAUAGCAGAGCCAGGGGAACUGUUGUUACGCUGGAGUUUACCUAUAUAAAAUAAAAACAGUAGAAGUAAUGCCUUAGUAUCUAAAUGUGUGAAACACUGAACCCUUGGAUACAAAAAUGGUGUCUUUGCUAGAAAUCCCAGGAAGCCUCAAUAUUUAGGAAAAACACUAUAUUCUCUCUGCAGCAAAAUUGACAGGGUUAUUUUGUGAAUGCCAACAAGUGUUGACUUGACAGUGCCUCACUCUUCAGUAAAAAUAUGAACUCUAUGUUGGGUUUACAGUUACAAUAUUUCUCUGGUUGCCAAAAGAAACCUCAUUCUCAGUCCACAGGCCAGUGUCUUGUGUCUCAGAGCCAGUUUAGUCUGUAAUAGAUGUUCACCCUACAGGAGGCAAUGCCAAAUUCUAAAUGUUUGUGGGAAAACCUUUUCCCACUCUUUUUAACCACAUUUGGUAUGGACCCAUUUCCAGCACAUCAGCAGAAGCAGAAAUAUGACUUGCCACGAGUGACAUUCCUUUCCAAAACGCGUUCAGUUCAGUCAUAUUACUUGGGUUGUUUCUCCAGUUACUGGAAUUAUCCUUGAGAGCAGAUAAAAGGAUAUUAGAAGAAAAAAUACUGUACUGCCUUGGGGAUGCAUGAGCACAAUUGAGGGUUUAAUAGAUAACUAUUCACUUGACAGUUGAUUGGAAAUUUUAAUUUUAAAACUGUUUAUUUCAUGGUGGUGGUGAAAUACUAGCAGGCACUGAAGGCUGAGCCUAUUGUUAAAAAGCUACACAGAACCACCAGAGGUGUCCGCAAGUUUAUCCAUUUGUUAAAAAUCAAAUAACUUCUGCAGACAGAGAAUAUGAUAAGCCUCUGGAUUACAUGAGUUAUUUAUUGUAGAGAACAGCAAAUUAGUAUUGAAAUGUGUGAAGGUUUUGUGUUCUUAUUUUUGCUGCAUCUCUCCUGACCUAGAGCUGAGGGAAAUGCAGCUUGCAUUAACUAUGCACAGUCUUACUAAUGUUAGACCAGUAAAUGUAAAAGGUUUCUUUGGAGCACAUGUGGUCCCUAUGCUUUUUGAAUUCUUUAUCUGCUCCUGUGAAGUCUCCUUCCCAGGACCACUUCUUCAGAAAUUAUCAAUCUGUGUGAGAGAUUCUAGUGAGGGUCCAGGCUUCAACUCUAAAGUUUUAAAAAGACAAUGUAUCUCUAAUCAGUUAAAUCAAUUAAUUUUCUUUUUAAAGUGGAAUAAUUUUGUUCUGGUCUGUUCCUGAUAAACCAGACCUGUUACUUUGGACCUAUUAAAUUGAUAGGUUGUAGUAGUGCUCCAGAAUCAAUGUGCUGGAGUAGCGGCCCCUGGAGUGCCAUUUGUGAAGUGUCAGUGUCCCUGUUUCUCUGUAAAUACAAAUCCAAGCCCCCUACACAGCCGUGCUGCUGCCACCUCUGUUCUGUGCACAUUCCCAAUGUCAGGGCAGUAUGAUGUGGAGGGUGUUAUGCUAGCCACAGGGCAAAACUGCCCCUUGGUAAUAUUUAUAAUUUUCUUUUUCACCACUGCAUUGUGAGAACGUAGCCUUUCCUCUUGUUAACCCAGAAUUCACACUUGAGAACCCCGUGUUUCCCCCCCCCCAAUCCCAUUGCACUCUUUUACAAGAUUUUAAAACGGGUAACUCAGCUUUAUUUUAUGUUAAAUAUUGAAAAGAAAACUAUGGGCUGGAACCAUUUAUGUCAAGUGUCUGCACAGAGCAAGUUUUCUUUUUAAACAAAUUAUAACCACUUGCAAAAAUUGGUGAGUUAGGGCAAAAUUGUAGCCACAGCAUCAUAAUGUGUCUUAUUUGAAACUGUGCACCUUUGAAAUGUUUCCUUGUACAUACAAAGUAUACCUUACAAAGCACACACUCCAAAUUUUCAACCAUAUUAUUUGUAUGUGGCUGAAUUCUAUAAAAAAAACCUGUAAGAACCCUCCCCCUCAUUGAAUACAGAUGCAAAGUUAUGGCUUGUUCUACAGCUGCUACUACUUUAGAGGGCCCCUUCCCCCUGCAUUGGAACAAUGCAAUACAGGCUGGGGCACUAGAACAAUUGUGAUAUAGAACUUUAACUAGAAGGGGGGGUCUUAAGGGCUGUGAACAACGCAUGGAAUUGGGGUGAAGAUAUAUAUAUUUUCUAAUGUAAUUUGUUUUUCUUUGGGAAGAGCGUGUGCCAAUUAAAAAAAAAUCACUGCCACCAAAUCAUGACACUCUCAAUAUAGUGUCACAAAUAUGUUAAAAAUCCAAGUACUAUAUUAAUCAAUGACAGAUUACUGUUUUCAGAGGUGUAGUGCAAUGCUUAACUGAACUGAUUUGGACCAUGCAUGCUCCAGGUAUUGUGUGACUUUAAAAAAAAAAACUGAACAGUGUAUUAUUAGGACAUAACUAUGUUAGGUCUUUACAGUGUUGAAAAUAUUAAUGUUGGGUUUUAUAGUACUGUGCAUAAGAGAUAUUUGUUUUGCAUGUGUUUUUCUGAAUUUGUAAGGGAAGUGGACCAGCUUCUAUUAUUGUACUAAUACAACAUCAAACUGAUCUAAUCAACUCAACAGUUCAUGCUCAGUGACUGGCAUAGAUGGAAGACAUGGUAGAAAGAAACAAACCAAGACUCUUUGCUUGCUCAGGGUUCUGUUCUUCUAACAAGUGAUCAGAUGGCUUUAUUAUUACAUACAGAUUUUCUUAAUGAGUUUUAAAAUGUGACCCACUCAUUAAGUUUGAUGGCUACUGUUCCUGAAUUUCAGUUCCAUCAGAACAGUGGCCUUCGAGACUUUCUGUGAAAAUCAUUUGUCUUUUGUCAGCUUCUGGCAUGUUUAAUUAGUUUCAUGAUGGGCCAUAUAGCUUAACUGCUUCUUAAUGUACAUGUAGUGCUUUGCUUAGAUGCAAGGAAUGUUUCAUGUUGCAUUUAAAAAAAAACGAUCUCGCUCACUCAAAAUUGUAACAUACUAACUUUGUAAAUUUUUUUAAAGCUAGAAAUGUUCUUUAAACAGCUGUGGUUUGAUCACCUUUGUAAACAUAUAUUCUGUAAAGUGCCAUAGUUCUUUUUGGAGUAUAGCAUAUUUAAAUAGAUAUACACAAAUUUGUGUGAGAUGUGCAAUAACAAGGUUGUUUUUUUAAAAUAUGAUGUGCUUUAAAAAGGGGCUGCCGCGUGAAGCCUGGCUGGAAUUUUGAUUUUGGACAAAUUUAUUGCUACCUUGGAGUAAUGCUAUCGAAUCUGUGGAGGAAAUAGAACAACACUGAUUGUAGUUUAAAGAUUUAUCUAAAAGCUCUUUUCUCGAUUCAUUUGAGAUACUCAACUCUGGGUAAUCCAGGCCUGAUUUAUUUAUAGCUUUAAUUCCAACAGUGAAGCUGCACACCUGCACCAUAAUCUAACAACUAGGAGUUGAAAAGCUCAGCAGUGCUUGAUAAUGUCUCUCAAUGUGCUCUAUAGACCAGUAGGCACUGCAUCAACAUUGCUACUAAGCUAUUAGCUACAGUCUGGUUCUAGUACCAUCUUUUUGCCUAACAAACAUUUAAGCACCUCUCGGUCUGGGGGAUUUCAAAUAAAUCAUUUAAAUUUUGUAAUAAUAUUCAGUGUCAGAGUUUACCCAGUUUUAAAUGCAGAAGUCAAAUUUUCUUUGAAGCUAAUAGUGGGGGAAGCCUGCUACAGCUAGAGUUAUCAUUGGCUCUGUGGUGAAGGCAGUGCCCCACCAACCAACUGGGCAGUAACGUGGGGCUUUAACUGUAUAUGAUGCAAAACGCUGAACAGGAAUGUUGGCUUGGGCCAAUCACCUAUCCAUCAUUUGUUUGUGCUACUGCUGUUGCUUGACCAGUGCUUUGUGUAAUGUUUUUCAGCACUGACUAGGUACCCAGUAACGUCUGUUUUUAUUAUCUAAAGCUGACUUAUAGUGGAAUUUGUAAACUAAAUUCUUAUUAACACAGAUCUGGACUAUCUUAGUUUGAAUGUGGUUGACCAAGGUGCAUAUAUUAAGGGAUUUAUAUUUACAUUAGGAGAGAGAUUUUGCAGUGAUUGUGAGACUGUAUUACCACUUACAUAUUGAUCACUAAAGAGCUGAUCUUAAAUUGUAACAAUCUUUUAUACAAGUUGCAUUAAAAGUAACUUUAAUUAAAUAUAGCUCUAACACCUAAUGUAUCUGCAAGGUAAAACCAGUAUGGUUUCUGUUGAGUGGUAGAAAAAGUAACAAAAAUAGGUUUUAAGGCAUGUGAAACUCUGACCAAUUGUGUGUGUAAUGCCUUUUACAUAUUAUGAUACUAAAGCACUUAUUUUUUUCUCAUCAAUAAACUUCAACCCACUUUAUAAAAGGAGGGUAAGUAGCAAAAUCAUUAGAACUGGCAACAGAAUUCAGGCUUAAUCAUCCCUAAUGUAGUGCUGCUGAACACAAUGGCCACUUGUUAACAGUUUUCUGACUCUAAACACUUAGUGUAAAGGUUUUUAAUUGCACUACCUUGUACUAUCACUUAUUUUAAACCAGUUGGGUCCAUUUAUUUACCUUUUCAGCCAGUUCUGGCUUGUCAAGUAAAAUAUUUCUAAUUCUGCAACAACACAGGGCUCUCAAGCCUGAGGUUUAGCUCCUUAGAACCUGAUGAAUCUAGAACUGAUAGCAAGGUAGCUCCCAACUCAGCAGAAUCCCCUAUUAGAUAUUACAUUAUCACUGUAAAGAUGUUAAAGGAUAUUGAUAACCAUAGCUAUGUCUGCUUCCUUUUUAUGUUAAUUUGAGAAACAAAACACCCCAUGUCCCCAAAGUAUUUCAUCUGCUGACCGUACUAAAACUGUACAAUGGCUUGAUGUAUGUAAAUAAAAAUAUCUUUUUCAAAAGAGGUGGUAUAUAAUUUUAACCUAAGCUUAGUGGAGGUGGAAAGUUGCAGUUCAGAGCCCUAAACUCCCUCAAAGGGUUGGUACUAAGAUAAGAUUUCAUUAUAUAUUUGAGUGCAAAAUUAACUCUCUUGCCUGUGAAGCCAUAGACUGGUGCUACCGUAACACACAUUGGUGUCGGUCUCAUUCCACCUAUUGGACAAGCUGAACUUUAUUAUAUACCUUUAAAUAGGCUCAUGAUGUUCUGCCUGUUCAUCUAUCUGCACCUGAGAUGGCAUUGCAAACCCCUUGCUUUUUAAAAAUAUUAAAAGCCUGCCUGAGAAGUGACAGGGGGAGAAGGGUUUUGAAGAUGUUGGUAUUUACAUGGCAAAGUAAUUAAGUUAAAAAAAAACAACCACCUUUCAUACUGCAUGUUGAAUACAUGUGCCUUCAGAACAGUGGUCCCAGAGUGAACUUCACCUAACAGAAGUGUGACCAAAUCCAUGCUAUAAAUGCAUGGCCAUUAGCCACCUUUAGGAAUACUCAGAGCCAGCAAUGAGAUGUAAAUUCAGUUAGCCUGGCUGGGAAAGGUAGCAGAGAAGAGAAAAAGCCAGGUCAACCCAGCCAAUUCCAGAACAUGUAAUUAAAAUGAAAAGAUGUAACACCUCCUUCCUUCCAUUUUGAGCAAAGAAUCAUACAUACCCCGUCUCAUUUUUCCCUGAGAAACAUCAAAAAGACAUGCCAUGGAGACAAGAGCCCUUCAACAAAUGUUCCCAAUUGCACUGCCAGUACCCAAGGCAUGGGCCAAGAAGAACAACCGCAGAUAAAGUGUGUCUGACAAGAAUGCCAAUGCAUAGGUAAUUCAUACUCAUUUCACUAGUCUGCUGUCAAUUUUAUUUAUGUACCUUCUUAGCAGCUUCUGCUGCAAGGCUAAAAAUUAACAGUUUCAAAUUGCCAGACUCAGCUUAGCUGAGGAUUCCAAGAGCAACAGUUGUUUUUGUGAGGAACAGUGGCAAAUUCGCAAAUGCAUAAAGUGUUCUGAACCAGCUGAUCACCAUAACUGAUACAUCUCUAUCCACCUAUCUCUGGCAGUAAAACCCUCUACGCCAGAGACGCGCUUUCUGCAGCCCAGGGACAAAUACCAAUAGAUUGAGUGCACAAGACAGUACAGAAGCUGUAUUCCAACUCUUCUAGCUGUGGCCUCGAUGGUCAGUCACUCCAGCACAAUAUCCAACUUCAAUAUCAAAAAUUUGCAUCUUAUUUCCGUAUUCAGGAUGUGAAUAUUUCCUUAACUAACAGAAAACAGCAAUAUUAUGCAUAAAGAGCCCAUAGGCAGAAGCCAGCACAAACAUACAGAGACUGCUCUUGCCACUGUCAUGUACAUGAAUUCCUUGCUUUUGCUUUAAUAGCUGGUAUUACAACAUCCAGUAACAUGGUUAAAGUACAAUGAACACUUUACCAUAACCUGUCAUUACCUGAGGACAGGGGUAUUAUGAGAGAGGACAUACUAAAUGACUAACACAAAAGUAAGAAAAUAUGAAAAAGUUUUAACUAGUAACUGCCUGUGCGUCUAUUAAGAAUUGGCAUGGGAACAGUUUUGUUCUGGAACAAAAUUGAAUGCUUGCAGAGCUAUGCUUCCAUAGACUUCAAAUAUUUCUCAGAAAUGUCUCGUGAUUUCCAUUUCAGUGCCAAUACAUACCUAAGCUAUUAUCCCACUAUUGAAGUAAAAGAUGUGCACUUUUUCUUUUGUAAAUUCAUCUCAUUUUUUCCCAGAGCAAAGACGUUCACCUAUGUGCAGGGUCAGAAGUGUCUCAGACAGAAACCCUCACAAAAGCUAAUACAUGUUUUAUUUAUUAUUGAAAUUUAAUUUUCUUUUUUACUUGUUGAAGGGAAACAUUAAAAGAGACAUAUCUCCAUUAUAUCUGUUCCAUUCUGCCCUGUGUUUGAUUUGUGAGUGGAAUGUUUUCUGUUCAGGCUCGUUUAUUUAGAGUCAAACUGCAUUCACCUUAAGCCAGCUAGGACUGGUACACUGAAGAGUAAAACACGUAUUAGGCUCCCAUAAAUCAGACACCUCCUCACCCCAAUAAAUGUUUUGAGAAUUGACUACUCUUUUUUUUAAACAGACAUUUAAACAUUUCCUAAUAACAAUACACGUCCAUGUGGUUGCCAGCAAUAAACAAAUAGUACUAUGGAACUAUUUUGACCAUAUUCUUCCUCAACAGCAUUUAAUAAUAAUGAAAACAGAAUAAAGGCAUAACUUAACUUUUUUAAAAUCGCCCUUUAACUACCACAAAGAUGAGCAAAAUCCUAGGGAGAAUUAGAUCUAACAAUAGGAAAACAAACCUAAUAACUGAAACCAUGUUUUAUUUCACCACCAUAAUGCUCAACCACAGCAAUCACUGAGCUGACAGAUGUACUAACAAUAUUUUUAUUUUUUGUUUGAAAAUUAAGGCAAAUAUUGCACCAUUUGCAAAUCUAACCUACACACAGAUAAUGUGUAGUUAAAAAUUCAGUUGUCUCUGCAUCUCUCCAGAAAAAACGUUACAGCUGAUGCCUCUUUACUGACAGACAGAGUGUGUGUGUGUGAGAGAGAAAAGGGUUGGUGGUGCUUUUCUAGGAAAAGACUACAGUGAAUAUAGCAUAAAAUUCUUUCCCAAGAAGGAAAGAGCUUUAAAGGGAAACUUGUCAAUCUGUAUUUAUUUCUGAAACUCCAUGUUUCCUGACAAAAUAUCCCUUACAAUUUUUUAAAAGUCAAACCAUGCAAACCAUGCAUCUGAAGAAGUGGGUUUUUUAACCACAAAAGCUU